AACUUGAAAACAUUCAAAGAAAAAAUUCUGUUUUUGAGGUAUUUAGUAGUUCUUCUCAUCUAUAUCAAAACUAAAAGAUCAUGGCUAUUCGUAUGCCUCGUAUAAUCAAGAAAUCUUCCACAUCUGGAGAUGUCCCUAAAGGAUAUUUUGCUGUGUAUGUCGGGGAGAAGCAGAAGAAGAGAUUUGUGAUCCCAGUAUCAUUCUUGAGUCAACCUUUAUUCCAAGACUUGCUCAGUCAAGCUGAAGAAGAAUUCGGAUUUGAUCAUCCAAUGGGUGGUCUCACAAUUCCUUGCAGUGAGAAUAUGUUCAUUGAUCUCACACGUCGCUUGAGGAAGUGAGAAGGAAAUUAACCAUUCCCCAGUUUUUGCUUCAAAAUUUUGUAAAGCUUUAACGUAGGAUCUCGAGUAUGUAUUGUUUAGGAGUUAGAAGAAACAGUAAGUUGAUGUUAGAAUGAGGAGAGUUACCACUCUCUAACUAGGUGGACUACGGACACAUUUUUCUACUUCAAAAGAAAUUGAAGUAAUGAACCUUUGUACUUCUAUGGUUCCAUAUUUAUUCCAUAUAUUGAUGGAAUAGUUCAUUGCAAUAUAAAAAUUUUC